AAAACUGCUUUGUUUCGAAGCCAACAGCACACAACUCUGAAAAAAAUUGCCGUUUAUCGACUUGGGAAAGCUAUUUUAGUCAGUCAUCGCAGCGGCAGGUGAGAUAUUUAAGUGAAUAAAGCAUUGUUUGCUUUGAUUGAAGAAAGUAAGUUGGUAAGAAAUUAAAUUUAAGUUUCUGUAACGUGAACUACUUGCCUCAAACUUUAAAACCGCUAUUGAAACAACUAGUUUAAAACAUAUACAAACGCACAUUUUGUCUCUAUAAAUCAGUCGUUUACACUGAUUUGGGUCAUGAAGUAUCGAUUUUGAACGAUAAUUAAACUUUGAUACAAGUUUGUUGCUUGAGUUAAAUCUAAAUAUUUUAUUCCAUAUUUUCUGGUACAUACAUAGUAUCAAAUGGUAAGUAUUAAAGUUAAAUCUUUGACAACCACUUUUUAGCAAGCACUCGAUCGGGCAGUGUACAUCAAUUACAAAACCACACACACAAAAUUAAAACAAGGGUGAAUCUUACGUAAUUUUAAAAUGACAAAGUGUGUUGUUAAAAGGAUGUUAGCAGAUUUUAUAUAAUUCUCUAUUGGCUUUAUUACAGUGGAAAUAAUUGACACCUUCCAUAUUAAUUCCGUUUAUUGUCUAAGCCCUUUAAAGGACAUUGCCACAAAUAAAUAUUUAUCAGUCUUACUUUGUUAUCGUCUGUAGAUUCAAUAUAUAAGAGCCCCAUUUAUUUCAUGGAUACAAUGGUCAUUUCAACUCCAACAAAAACUGCCACACCUCACAGGUAAGAAUUAUUUUACUUACUUUUCUAAACGCUAAACUGAAAACCCUGCCUUGGGUAUUUUGGCUCAAGGCAAAACACAAACUCCAAUAAUAUUAAAAGAUGUACUGAGGAAAAUGUAUUGUUUGGUAAACAAACAUGACGUUGAAACCUCAGUUGUUAAUUAGCUACUUAUUAGGUUGUGGCGCGGGUAUAGCAUCAGUGUCCUUUCGAUCUUUUCAGAACAGGCCAGUUUCUUUUUCACCUUAAACCUAUCCCAGUACUACAGAAUAUAUUUCUUCUCGCUACUUAGAUUCAUGGAUUAAUGUAAUCAUUUCUUCAAUGAUUUCUCCCCUGGUUAUUAUCUUCACAACGUGCUAGCCCUCUUUACAAGAGGGUUGACCUCGUUCUGGGAGGCAAAUGAGAGAACUAACCCUCGAAACGAAUCUGAAUGGCAAUUUAACUAAGCUAUUUGCAAACAUGACGCGUGUAUGAUCAUGUAUGACAUUUUCAGGUGUACUCUGCCGUCCGCGCAUAAUAACUGGUCACCAUGGGCCUGGAACUGGUGGCUUACGCAGCCAGACCAUGACGUCAUUAAAGAAGAAAAAGAGCGAAAAGAAAACCAGACCGCUGACAACAAACAGCAGGCUCCAGCUGAUCAAGAGACAAAGGAGACAAUAAAGAGCGAUUGAGAUGCCAACUAUAUUUGCUGAAUUUUUGUUCACUUGCAUUCUUAUUAGG